CAGGCAGAAGUGAAGACGAGACUGCAGCAUGGACAGGAUGCAUCUGAGAGGAAAAGCCCACCUCACAUGAGACGAUGGAAAUGUCGCUGAAACAGUCGACUCUGGUGCUGCUCACAGUGGCAGUGCUGGUGGUCUCAGGUCAGGAACAUGUGGAUCUGGAUCACAGAGAGAAAACAGUGGAUGUUGCCAUCGGUUCCUCUCUGACUCUGCACUGCAAACUGAAGACGGAAAAGUACGAAAGGUUUCGUGUGCACUGGGAAUUCCUCCCUUCCUCUGGACCCAACAGCUCACAGAUUAUCCAUAAGGACUUAGUGGACAGAUCUGCAAAGACGUCCAACAGGACGACAGCGCAGCAGUACCAUUGGGAGACAUAUAUCAUAGCAAACGUUACAGACAAGAACAGUGGAUCGUACCAUUGUAAAGUGAUAGAAGAGAUUCCCGGUUUUGAAAAUGUUCAAAGCAAGAAAACACAAGUGGUUAUUGCAGAGAGCUUAAUGGAAACUACAGCAUACCCGUCAGUACUGACGAGAAAACAAGCGACUCCUAACCUUGUCCCAGAGUUCCCUAAAUGGUGGAUGUGGAUGGUGUUGUGUUUAUCGAUUCUCGCCCUGUUCAUCCUGCUGCUCAUAUGUGCCGUGCUGAGAAGAAGAUGUCGCAGAAGACAAGAAGACCCCAUCUAUGCAAACACACGUCCUGUGGCCAAGCAGCCAUCACCACGACCGGGAGCGCCAGCGAGCAACAACCUGAAGGCCGUGCCGUCAUCUGUGAACCUCAGACCCCCGAGUCCCAGGAGGAACUCAUACAAAUCCUGAUUUUGUAACAUUUCAUGUUUUUCAAGUAUAUAAUCUACUGGCAUUUUUAUUUUCCCUU